GGCAGAGGGGACGGACCUCCCGGGAGCGGAGAUGGCGGCGCCCGCGGAGUGUCCCCACGUCGGAGCUGAACCCCAGUGUCCCCCUGGUGGAGCUGAACCCCAGUGUCCCCACGGCGGAGGAGACCCCCAGUGUCCCCACGGUGGAGCUGAACCCCAGUGUCCCCACGGCGGAGGAGACCCCCAGUGUCCCCACGGCGGAGCUGAACCCCAGUGUCCCCACAGCGGAGGAGACCCCCAGUGUCCCCACGGCGGAGCUGAACCCCAGUGUCCCCACAGCGGAGGAGACCCCCAGUGUCCACACGGCGGAGCUGAACCCCAGUGUCCCCACGGUGGAGCUGCUGCUUGUCCCCACGGCGGAGGAGACCCCCAGCACCCCCCUGGCGGAGCUGCGCGGUGUCCCCACGGCGGAGCUGCGCGGUGUCCCCACGGCGGAGGAGUGCCCCAGCGUCCCCACGGCGGAGCUGCGCGGUGUCCCCGCGGCGGAGCGGGCCCCCGGCGGAGGAAGGGGCAGCGUCCCUUUGACUUUAGCCAGCACGGGCGGCGGCGGGUGGCCCUGAGGCUGGCCUACCUGGGCUGGGGUUACCAGGGCUUCGCCAGCCAGGAGAACACACCCAACACGGUGGAGGAGAGGCUGUUCGAGGCCUUGCUCAAGACCCGGCUGGUGGAGAGCCGUCAGAACGCCAACUACCACCGCAGCGGGCGCACCGACAAGGGGGUCAGCGCCUUCGGGCAGGUGAUCUCCCUGGACGUGCGGUCGAACCAGCGAGGGGAGGCUGGCGCUGAGGGGCCGGAGGGGCUGGCCGGGGAGCUGCGGUACACCCACAUGCUGAACCGGGUGCUGCCCGCGGACAUCCGGGCGCUGGCCUGGGCGCCCGCUGGCCGGGACUUCAGCGCCCGCUUCAGCUGCCUGCACCGCACCUACCACUACUACUUCCCGGCGUCGGGGCUGGCGCUAGGACGCAUGGACGGCGCCGCCCGGCGCUUUGAGGGCACCCACGACUUCCGGAACCUCUGUAAGAUGGACGUGGCUAACAGAGUGACCAACUUCCGCCGCACUGUGCUCAGGGCCCGGGUGGAGGCUGUGCCCGAGGCCGGGCCGGAACCUUCCGGCAACGGGCCUGCGGCCUACCGCAUGUGUCGCUUCGAGGUGCGGGGCCUGGCCUUCCUGUACCACCAGGUGCGGUGCAUGGCCGCCGUCCUGCUGCUGAUUGGCCAGGGCCUGGAGGAACCGGAGGUCAUUGACCAGCUCCUGGACGUGGACAGGAACCCCCGCAAGCCCCAGUACAGUAUGGCUGUGGAUUACCCCUUGGUCCUGUACGACUGCGCCUACGAAAACCUGGAGUGGAUCGUCGACCCAGACGCUCGGAGUUUCACCGUGAGCCAGCUCCACUCCAUGUGGACUCAGCACGCCAUCAAAACCCGGAUCCUGUACUCCAUGCUCCAGGGACUGGGACAGGCACCAAGUGAGGAGGAACGAGGAUCGGGGACGGACCCCCUGCGGGAACGGGAGCGGGACCGGGACCCACCCCCGGACGCAACGCCGCGCCUGGCGGACCGGCUGAUGGAGGGGGUGAGGCCGCGGCGCUACAAGAGGCUGAUGGAGCGGGAGCUCUGCGAGGGGCUGGAGUCGCGCAUCCUCCACUACGCCAAGAGGGGGCGCAUCGAGCUGCCGGCGUCCAUGAGGGUCGGCGGCCAGGAGGGGGGCCGCCCGAAGGAGGUGGAGGAAGACGACGACGCAGCUCCGGCCCUCCCUCACCCUCCGAGGUGACGGGGGGAAGAGGAGGAGGAGUGCAGGGGACCUGUGGCAGGUCCGCUCAGUGGGUCCGAUGGGGGUCAGACAUGUCCCGGUGUAAUCCUGUGGAGGGGUGGGACGGAGCUCGAUUUGGUCCCCCCCCCCCCGAACUUGGUCAAUAAAAGACAUUUUCUUUUUGUAA